AUGGUGGGCAAGCUGAAGUUUGCGUCCAGCGCUGCGGGCGCGAAGAGCGGCGCGGGACUGCGCCGUGCCAAGAAAGGCGCCAACAUGAGCCGGAAGCAGGUAUUCGAGGCGCAACGCACCGUCUGGAAGCAGAAGGAGCGCAUCACGAAGGAAGUGGAGAGGGCCGCCAAGCGUGUAAAGAUGGCACAGAUUCAGAAGCUGAAGAACAAGAAGGUCCAUCGUGUUUUCGACCGCAGCACGCUGCACGCCGUGCAGGAAGGCUUGACGAGCGCCAUUGAGACGCUUGGCCAAACCGUCAGCCCGCUCGCCAUGUUUAUGAGCGCCUUCACGGCCCUCUCCAAGUCACCCGACCAGCGACAUGUGCCUUACAUGCUCUCCAUCAUGGCCGCCUGCGUACCACGCCUCACCCAAGGCAUCCUUCUGCAUCAAUUAGGCGUGUGCUUCUCGUUGUGCGACCAGCUCAUGGCGGAGUACGGCAGCAGCAACACGCUCGUGGUGGCCAAGGUGCUGAAGCUGGCGGUUGCCUUGUUGCUUUCUAUUGAGGCGCCCACCAUGGAGCAGCUGCGCCUUUUGGAGAAGUUGGAGCCAAACAAACUUCAAACGGAGGCGAUGAAGCUGUACCUCGCCAGCUUCCGCAAAGUCCUCGAGGUGAGUGCGCUGUGCUCCAAUGACGUCGCCGCUGCGACUCCUUUCAAAGAUCCUGUCACGGCGCUCUACACACUGAAUACACGCCAACGUUUCUUCUGCGCUGGUCUUUUGGUUUUCAUUCGCGCCUGCAUGCGCAACCUCGCCGAGGCCCCCGUCGCGGUUGUGUCGGCCGUGAUGGCGGAGAUGACGCUUCUCUUUGACCGCGCGCUCUCGCCGUACAUCGUGGAGUCGCUGGAGGGCCAGCGCUGCCUCAACGGCCUUCUCGCCGAAGAGUUGCUCGCGCUGCUGAAACCCGUCCAUCAGCACUGCUGGGGCAUGGCAAUGGAGGUGCUGUCGACGGUCUUUAAGCGCAUGAAUUACCUAAAGCGGGUGCAGCCGCCUCCGCAAGAUGUGGCGAAGGCGGAGUCCGAAUACACGACGUCCCACAGCAGCGGUGCCCCCAACACGACGGAGCGCAUUCGCCUGUACACCAAGUUUACCGAUCGCUUCCCCGCCGUGGGGUUUUUGAUCAAGGUGCUCAAUAAGCUGCGUGUGAUGGACGACAGCGCUCUCAACGCCAAGGUCGAGCGUACAUUGGUCGCGGCCGGCUGCUGCAUGUACAUGUGGGAGUUCACCUCUCUCCUCGACUUCGACCCCCGCGCCGCGUACGAAGCGGAGAUGGCGACCGAAGAAGGCGCGGCCGAGCAGGGCGAGGUGCUCUGGUCCACCAGCUACCUGCUGAACGUCUGGCGCCGCACGGCCUCGCACGACUCACUGCCCUUCUUCAUUCAGAAGUUCUUCCCGGCCAUUCAGUUCUGUAGCAAGCUGGCCGCCGAGGCGGAGAAGGAUCACCGCACGGAGGAGUUCACGCGGUGGUCGGCGCUGCUGGUGCAGUACUGGCGGGUAGCCGUCGGUUUCUGCUACUACCCAGCCGAGGUGACGGCGGAGUCGUUCCGCGAUCUGGCGAGGCAGCUGGUCGGACUGCUGUCGAACCCCUCCUUUGUCAACACGAGCGCUUCUGCGAUUCACGUCUUGUGCGACGGGUAUUACGCAUUGAAGGCGACGGAGCAGGACGACGAUGAUGAUGCGGACAGCGUGGAGGCGGAAAACUUGCCGGACGACCUGCGCCACAGCGGCCACGACGACGCCCUGGCAAACCCACCGCAGCGACGACUCCGCAAGGACGCGCUGGAGGACGACGUGUACGUCCUCUCGCUCACCGACCCGGGCUGGAACCCGCACCGUUUCCACAACAUCACGCAGGCGUACGCGCAGCUUGUGUGUGACACCAUCUUCGCCAAGUUCAGCGCCAACAUCAUGCCAAAGCUGUGCAACACCUUCGAGACGCACGACUCCACCGCGGUGCUGCUGGCGAUCCAGAGCUUCUCCAAGGUGUGCAACAAGGAGGUGAUGGCAAGCAUCUUAAAAGGCAUUCUGAGCGUCAGCUCCAACAUCGCAGCACAGCGAGCUGCGGCCGCCAACGAUGGUGCGGCCCCCAGCGGGUCGAAGAAGAACAACGCCCCUCUUACGUCCAAGCGUCGCGUGAUUCUUGACAUCGCCUGCGCCGUGGUGCCGCAGCUCUCUCCCGAGCACGUGACGACGCUCUACGCGGACAUCAUCGAACCGGUUCUGAUGGACCCCGCGCCGGAGUCCCGCCUGCUGCAGAAGAAGGCUUACAAGCUUCUCUUUGCGAUGUUUGAGCACCGCAUCCGAGACAUAUUUCCGCUCAUGCACCGCAUUCUAGGGCUGCUCUCGGUGGGCCGGCAGCACGUCACCAUUUCAGGUCUGAAGAUGCGCAUUCGCUGCCUGUCCUGGGCAUUGGACGCGUGCAAGAUGUACUUCCCGGAUGAACUGCUGCCCACCAUUCGCACGCUCAUCGGCGAGGUGGUGCUCUUCUCCCGCGAGCGCUCCAGUGAGACGCGUGCCAUGACGAUGGCGGUGCUGGAGAAGAUGCAGCGCUACACGGUGAGCGCCGGCGCCCCGGUGAACGCGCUGCUGCGCAUGGUCAUAGCCGGUCUGUCUGGCAAGACACCGAUGAUGGUGUCCAGCACGGUGGUGUGCAUGGCGAAGCUGAUCUACCUGACGCACAGCGAGCUGCCGGAGUCGGACCUGCAGGCGGCCGUGGCGGUUGGGUUUCAGCUGAUGGAGUCUGCUGAGGUCGAGGUGCGGAGUGCGGCCGCCAUCUUUGCUCGUAUGGCGCUGAAGCUGGGCAAGCGCAGUCCGCCCGUGAAGGCGGCCGUGGCGAAGGCUCUGCCGAAGCUGCUCUACUCGAUUGCGCUGGUGACCUCGCAGCCGCACGUCUCCAGCAACACGCGCAUGCAGAUGCGUGUCCUCUUAGAGAAGUGUCUGAAGCGCUUCCCGAUAGAGCAGAUCGACCCCGUUUUCCCGCUGGGCAGCAAGAACUUCCUGCGCUACACGCAGAAGAUGAUGAAGCGGGAGGAGAAGAAGGCAGACAAGGAAAUGAAGAAGCGCAAUGAGAAGCAGCACAACGAGUUCGACAAGCUCUUCCUCGGUGCUGCGAUGAACGCAGGUCGUGAGGAGGCGGCGGAGGAGGACCUGCUGGAAGCCGGUGCGCUGAGUAGCUUCGUGGCGAAGCACGCCGCGCCGGUCUUUCAGGGCUUCAGCGGAGGUGGCCUCGGUGGCGAGAAGGACAACGCGGACGACGACGAGGACGAGUACGACAACAUGGUGCUCGACUUCCAGGCCGACGGAAAGCUCCGCAUCCUUAGUAAGGAGCAGAAAAGGCUGGAGGAUGCGCACAAGGCCCGACAGGCCAUGGCAGAUCGCCUGCUUCGCCGCAGCAACGGCCUGGUGGUCGCAUCCGCGCUCAACGACGAGGCCAGCGCGCGCCCCGGCAAGCGCUCGCGUGCGGAUGAUGAGGACUUCGAGAAUGAGGAGCUGGCGCUGCGCUACGGCAGUCGUGCGACGGAGGAUGCAGCAAAGAAGGCGACGGAGACGUACAAGGCGGGCCGUGGUGCCGUGGGACCCAGCGCGCUGCAAGUGUCGCGGCUGCGCGAUCAGAAGGCCGCCAACCGGGAGCUGAAGCGGCAGCGUGUGGAGGAGGACAUCCGCAAGGGCGACGAAUUCCGCGGCACCGGUGACGGUGAUGUUAAGCGCGGCAACGUGGAGCCGUUCGCGUACGUGCCGCUGAACCGCCGCUACAUGAACCGCCGUAAUACUCGCCACGCCGUGCACCGCUUUGAGGCGGUGGCGAAUAAGCACUUGAAGGGCAACAAGGCGAAGCUGGCCAAGGAGGCGAAGGGAAAGUAG